AUGGAGGCUGCUGUUGCUCCGCCAACUGCGGCGAACUUUGAGGCCAUUGCUGCUGCUCUCGAGAGCCCCGACAGCAGCAGCAGGCAGCAGGCGCAGCAGCUGCUGCAGCAGCUGCAGCAGCAAAGAGAGGACUGCAGCGAACUCUGCCUCGCCAUAGUAGACGCAGCAGCAGAUGCAGCAGCAGCAACAGUGGCAGCCAUUCUCCUUCGCAGCGCGGCGCUGUGGCACUGGAAUGCGCACAUUGCUGCUAAGAGAGCAGCAGCAACUCGCGAGCUGUGUGCGGACCCAGGCGACGCAGCAGCAGCAGCA